UUGCCUCAGAUUUUAGGUAGGCAGGUAGGCGUGGCUGUCGGAAAGAUUCGAGUAGAAGUCGUAGAUGAUUUUCCCCACUGCCCACGGAGAUGCAGUGGCUGCUUCGAGAGGAAGACAAAGGAAAGUCAACUUGGCCUUGUAAUUGGCGAAACUCCUUCGGGCUUUGCGAAAGCUCCUGCUGGCCUUGCCGACUUUAUCUAUAACUGCUGCAAAUCUCAUUUUCGGAAAUUCCAUUACUUCUCUGCAUUGCUUCGCAAGUUCGAACGUUUUCUGAUGAUUGUCUGUAGCCAGUGCGAUCCCACGCUUGCUUGUCAGCUCAAGAGUUUUCGAAAAGGAAGUUCGUUUGUUACUCGUAAACUCCCUGUAUUUCUAGCGCUAUCGUGA